AAACCCGGCCGGUAACACCGACUUCUACCAAAUCGGCCGAGGUUGUGAAAUUUUGACAGAAGGUUUUGCAUUGUCCCGGUGUUCUUUCAGCAAAAAAGCGAAAUGUUUGGCGGUGGACGUGCCCCAAUUUUGGUUUUAAGUCAAAACACGAAGCGUGAGUCGGGCCGCAAGGUUCAGGUGGAGAACAUAAACGCCGGAAAGCAAAUAGCGGACGUUAUCCGGACAUGUCUGGGCCCACAAGCCAUGCUGAAGAUGCUCAUGGACCCCAUGGGGGGCAUCGUCAUGACAAACGACGGCAAUGCGAUUCUUCGCGAAAUCACUGUCCAGCACCCAGCUGCCAAGAGCAUGAUUGAAAUUGCGAGAACUCAAGAUGAGGAGGUUGGUGAUGGGACCACUUCUGUUAUCGUUCUGGCGGGUGAGAUGUUGGCGGCUGCUGAGCAAUUCUUGCACCAGAAUAUGCACCCGACUGUUAUCAUCAGACAGUAUAAAGAAGCGCUAGAAGACAUGGUGACUAUGUUGGAGGGGCCUUUGAGUGUGCCCGUGGACCGGAACGAUAAAGCGGCCUUGGCUAAUGUCGUGAAAGGUUGUGUAGGAACGAAAUUUAUAGGUCGCUGGUCGGACUUAGCUGUAAAUAUUGCUCUGGACGCUGUUAAUACAGUUCUGUUGGAAGAAAACGGUCGUACGGAGGUUGAUAUUAAGAGAUAUGCCAAGGUGGAGAAGAUUCCGGGAGGAUCGGUUGAGGAGUCUCAAAUUUUAAGGGGGGUUAUGGUCAAUAAGGACGUCACGCAUCCCAAAAUGAGACGAUAUAUUCAGAACCCUCGAAUCAUCCUUUUGGACUGUUCGUUGGAAUACAAAAAGGGCGAAUCUCAAACCAACGUUGAAAUCACUGCCGAAACGGAUUUUACUCGUCUGCUUGAACUGGAGGAAGAGCACGUCCGCCGCCAAUGCGACGACAUCAUCGCCCUCAAACCUGACGUGGUUUUCACCGAAAAAGGCGUUUCUGACUUGGCUCAGCACUUCCUCCUCAAAGCUGGCAUUAGUGCAAUUCGUCGCUUGCGCAAAUCUGACAAUAACCGCAUAGCUCGUGCUUGUGGCGCCACAAUCGUUAAUCGAACAGAAGAAUUACAAGAGUCGGAUGUGGGAACAGGUGCUGGACUAUUCGAAAUCAAAAAAUUGGGCGAUGAGUAUUUUUGUUACAUUACCGAAUGUAAAAACCCAAAAGCUUGUACUAUUCUUCUGCGAGGUGCUAGUAAAGACAUACUUAAUGAAACCGAACGUAAUUUACAAGAUGCGUUACAAGUAGCGCGUAAUAUAAUGUUAUUGCCUCGGUUGGUGCCAGGAGGAGGCGCAAUCGAGAUGGCCGUGGCACAAAAACUGCUGCAGAAAGCAACCCAUGGACCGUACAGGGCUUUAGCGCAUGCGCUUGAGAUAAUUCCGAAGACUUUGGCUCAGAAUUGCGGGGCUAAUACAAUUCGGACUUUGACGGCUUUGAGGGCGAAACAUGCGAACCAUACGGACGUCAAUAGUCCCUGUACGUGGGGGAUAGAUGGGGAGAGUGGAGAGUUGGUAGAACAGACUAGUAAUGGGUUGUGGGAACCACUCGCUGUUAAGUUGCAAACGUACAAAACUGCAGUUGAGACGGCAAUUCUGUUGUUGCGUAUCGAUGAUAUUGUCUCAGGUUCAAAGAAGAAGGGCGAUAAGGAACCGUCGAAACCGGCCGAUUUACAGAAAGAGGAACAACAACAACAUGAAUAAACUAACCAACCGGCGUUUCAUUUCUAAUUUGUAGCUUUGUUUCCGGAUUAAUAUUUAACUUACAAUUGUAUUACACGUUUUGCUAAUAAAGCUAUUUACACUAA